AUGUCUCUCCUGGGAGUAACACUUCUGCUCUCAGUCCCGCCUGCUGGCGAAAGUAUCUCGACUGCUGAAGACACUCCAUUAUGCAAAUAUCCAAUUUCAUCACGAAAACUGGCCAAAGAAUCAACUGGUCAACUCUUCUCUCCUUUUAUUGCUGUGAUUUACGCUUGGCAAAGUCAGAAAAAAAGCAUCCCUGGACAUUUCGAUCAAACACAGAAAAGACAUUCGAAGUGA